UCAUUAAAUUACCACCUUUCGCGAACUUUCGUUUUCAAUUCGUAUUUUCUACGACUCAUCACGUUACAUGUAUUAGAGGAAAAUAGACAAUGCUGGAUUGAAAACUGACUUUGGAAGAAGUAUCUAAUGAUGGAACAUAAAGAAAAUGGAUAGAUCUGUCUUCAUAGUUUUGAUCUCACUGGCACUCCUAAUACAGGCGGUAGAUGGGUCAGUGAUGUGCCCCUAUCUGACAGUCUGGGAGGCCCACUCUCAGAUGUUCUGUGAGGACCCCACUCACUAUCACUGCUUAGAAAACCAGAAAGGAGACUUAACAGAAGCUUGUUUAGAACCAGUCUUCAUUGACAGUGGGCAUUAUCCAGUGUUAUCCAUUGACUCGACUUUUAUCACACCUGUGAAAUGUCCAUCGACUCAUUAUCAGCCCGGUGGACAAAUGUCCAACAGAUACAAACAUGUUACCUGUAUGUAUCCAAAAUCCUUGUGUGAUGAUGACGGAGAAGAGAAAUGUGAUGACGGGAGUGACAUUACUGACAGAAUGUGCCGUUGUGAUUACACUAAAGGUUACAGAUCUCAAGCAUAUUUAUUUUCUAAUCCCAAAAAUCAAUCCUGUUACAAAUCAAAGUCCGAGGAGGAAGGAUGUGCCAUGCUUGGUUGUCCUGAAGGGAAGGAGUUGAAUCCCGCGUAUUUCUGUGUGAAGGAAUGUGCACCCGGAUCCCACAGAAGAAAGCAUGAGUUCCACUGUGUGCGAAAUGACACUGUAGUAAUCUCAACAGUGAAGUCCAUAACAGAGACCAGCAUGGAUGUAGAAGUAGUCACAAACAAACCAGUUAUCAUGGACGAUAUGCCUGGAAAUGAAGAUAAAGCCGGAGUUUCAAUACUUGCUCCAGCCAUAGGAUCGUCCGUCCUAGCGGUAUUUAUUACUGUACCCCUGUCUCUAGUGCUAUACCACUAUUGGAGAAAAAGAAGGGGAAGCUCUGAUUCCAAAGACGGCGGUAAAUCAGAACAGGGUAUUGAAAUUAAGCAACAUCCACCGACUCAUGUGACGAUUAAUGCAGGUACCUAUAUCGAGAAAAUUGUUGUUGAAGACGCCCAUAAUGUGGUGACUGGAGACAAAAGUACCGUUGUAAUAGGAAAUCAGUCUUCUAAUGAUUAAAUGUGACGAAAUUUUUUCUCGUCUCAUCUCCUUAUGCGUUUUGAUAUGUAUAUUUUUAUGCAAGGAGCAUAUAAAAACUGCUCAUAAACUUUUACCAAGUGUGUCAGAAAACUGAUGUUCUUAUUUUAUUUUUAACUCACCUGAGACAAAGGCUCAAGUGAGCUUUUCUGAUCAAAAUUGGUCCGUUGUCUGUCGUCGCUGUCAUAAACUUUUCACAUUUUCAUCUUCUCAAGAACCACUGGGCCAAUUUCAACCAAACUUGCCACUAACCAUCCUUGGGUGAAGGGCUUUCAAGUUGCGCAAAUGAAGGGCCAUGUCCCUUUCAAAGGGGAGAUAAUCACAACAAUGCAAAAAUAGGGUUGGGUCAUUUAAAAAUCUUCUCAUGAACCACUGGGCCAGAAAAGCUGAAAUUUUCAUGAAAGCUUCCUGACAUAGUGCAGAUUUAAGUUUGUUCAAAUCAUGACCUCCGGGGGUAGGAUGGGGCCACAAUAGAGGAUCAAAGUUUUACAUACAAAUAUAUAGGGAAAAUCUAAUUAAGAACCACUGAGCCAUAAAAGAUAUUUACAUGAAAGCUUCCUAACAUAGUGCAGAUUCAAGUUUGUUCAAAUCAUGGCCCGCCGGGGUAGGAUGGGGCCACAAGGGGGAUCAAAGUUUUACAUACAAAUAUAUAGGAAAAGUCUCGAAGAACCAGAAAAGCUGAUAUUUACAUGAAAGCUUUCUGACAUAUUUCAGAUUUCAGUUUAUUAAAAUCAUGGCUCACAGGGGAGGAUGGGGUCACAAGGAGGGGGAUCAAUGUUUUGCAUACAAAUAUAUAGGGAAAAUCUUUAAAUAUGAGCCAAGUGACUCAGGUGAGCGAUGUGGCCCUUGGGCCUCUUGUUUGAUUUUGUUUAGAUAACUGGGGUUAAAUAAACUACACGUACCUGCAACAUUCCAUGUCGAGUGCCAUGUUAUUGUUAUAAUUCUGCUUAAUGUUGCAUUACCUUAAAAUCGACUAUCGUGUACAUUGUACUCAGGAUGUCCAUAAUGAACAAACCGAUAUAGCCACUGCGGUAGUUAUAAUAUAUAGGACAGACGUUUUACAUCUUUUGUAUUGUUAUUCAUGCAUAUAUUUAUCGAAUGAGAAAUAAGGGUACGUGUGAAAAUAGUACAGGUGUGUAUGUAAUAUUGAAGUAAGUGAAAUCGAAAGUAAAUAUGAUGUCAAGUAGAUUCUACUUAAUAGAAGAUAUAUCAUUUAAUGAUAUGUAUUAAUAGUAGAUAUUGUGAUCAUUAUUAUGUUUUGUUUUAUUUUUUUCACUUUGUAGCAUAUUAAAGAUAUCUUUAUCCAUCA